AUGGGCAAGUUUGUUGAAUAUCCAGUGAAACAUCUCAUUUCAUUCGACGCUGUGGAAACUUCGCCAACUUCUGCGUCACAGAUGACGGUUAAAGAAAUGAUUUCCGAGGUAGCUAACUAUCGAAGAAGGUGGGAUACAGCGACAAAAGAUGGUACCUACGAUCAAGGGGUGGUCCAAAAGGUAGAGGAGCAGUUUCUAGUCAAUUUUAUUUUCCGUUCAAACUUAGAAGAGGGACAUGGACUUCGCACGCUUGAUGAAACGAGAAGCUUUCUGGGAAGAAUUUUCUCUCGAAGAGACUUCCCACGUCCCUUGUCGCUCGAAGAACAAGAAACUCUAAACAUGAGAAAUGCAUAUGAAACUUUGUUGGCUAAAAUAAAGAGGGAAGAACUAGAUAGAGACUACGGACUAUUAGAAGCAAGUUUACUAAAAGAGAUACAUCGUGUUAUCUUACAAGACAUUCCUCUUUCAAAGGGUUUGACGAAACCUGGAGAAAUGAGCAACAAGCCUCGGAUGACCGAAUUUCGAGGAGAAAUUUACUACUAUGCGAACCCUGAAGAUAUGGAAAGCGCAGUUGUCAACUUAUUAGACAAGUACAAUUUUCUGUUUGAUACUUGCACGAAGGAUGGACUGACAAAUUUUGAGGAUUUGUGUGAUUUUUUCAAAACCUGUGCUUGGAUUCUCCUAGAACUUCUUGAUCUUCAUCCUUUUUCGGAUGGAAAUGGGAGAUUAUGUCGUAUUCUUUGCAGCUAUUCACUGUCAAAACUAAACCCUUUUCCCACGCCAAUCUACAGUGUCUGGACUGAUUCCCCUAAUGAUGCCUACAUUGAAGCCUUAGUUGAAGGAAGAAAUUCACCAGGUAGG